CAAAUCAUCAAUGGCGGACAUUCGCUGUCGCCUAGAUAAAAUAAUUUAACACGCGAAUUAUUUACAUAACAACAUAUAACCUGCAUGCAAAAAGUAUAAAAUUUAUAUAAAAACCAACACGGGUUACGAUCAAAAUGUCGACAGUCGUAUCUGACUGUUUCACCAUCGGGAGUAUUGUAGCCACUAAAACAUGUUAUAACGAAGAAAUUGAAGGGGAAGUUUUGGCUUUCGAUCCUCAGACCAAGAUGUUAAUAUUAAAAUGCCCAUCAUCGAGCGGUAAUCCAAAGAGACAUGAUGUUAAUAUUGUUAAUCUAUCGCUUGUUAGCGAUGUGCAAAUUAAAAAGGAGGUAACAACGGUUCCGGAACCACCACAGUCACUAAACCUUCACAGAUUGAAUACCAGAGUAAGGAAUUCCAUAGAAAAUAAACGGAGACUUGUGUCAGCACUAUCAGCUUGCUUGGAUCCGGAAGGUCAGCGGCUGUUCUUAGCUAUCGCACGGGUUAUCGACGACGUAUCCUGGGCGGGACAAAGCAUCCGUGUCUAUAAUGAGGUCACCAUCACACCACCGUACAAAGUAGAGAACGUAAUAGGUGAACAAGAUUCUAAGCCCUACAAUUAUAUACGAAAGUUUGUUGAAAGACAUUGGAAGGAUUAUCACGAUCACGCAGCUGCUUCAAACUCGCAGCAACAAUAAAAAACAUUAUAUAUAUCUAUAUA